ACCACAUUUACUACCACAUUCCAGCAAGUGUGGUUCUGUUAUGAUCGAUGCCAGGACAUACGUUCUUCAAAAUACGUGUGCCUUUGAUUCACUUGUUCAAAUUCUUUAUACGGCUUCUUUGGACCAUGGACCCUAUCGCGAAUUUCUAUAAGCCUCGAUAAGCUCAUUAGCCAAAUUUGUUAUGAAUUUCCUGGUGAAGGGUGCAUGUAGAGAGAUUUAUACCCAGAGAGCACAACUAUUACUACCCCUGUUUCCUCCGAAACCUAACGAAGCAUCCUUGGUUCCUAUCAUUAAUGCUCACGGGAAUCCGCUGCUCUCAUGGAAGCGGUUGAUGUCUGAGGAUCCUAGCAUUAUAAGGAAUAUUGAUUGCCCGAAUCCUAAGUGUGAAGCGGUAAAACAGCGUAAGGUGUUUACAUGGUUCCCUGACAUUCAAUUAGUCAAACGCUAUGGAUUCAAGAACUUACAGAACGCGUUAAGAUAUCACAAAACUCUGUGGAAUAUUAGAUGUUCUUGCGGCGGAUCCAGGCGCGAAGAGCAAAUUUCUAACUUUCAUAUUUUUUUGGAGCUUGAUGUCCGAGUGGCACCGACCGAUCCUGCUCAAACAUGCAAACUCUAUGACAUUCCUGAAAUUCUGACAUUCAAUCGUGAAUAUAGACUAGCUGGUAUCAUUGCUUAUGACGUUAAGACUGAUCACUAUAAAGCCUAUUGCUGUCGACGUCCUGGAAGCGACGGAUCAAUCUCCUCGUGCUGGGAACAUCAUAAUGGACUUGCUAGUAAAGUGAUACCUGUCCGAGGGAAUCCAGAAAUUCAACCGGAGUGUGCGAUUUAUGUCAUGGCUCCGGAUAGACGAUGAUUUGAAGGCUCAUCAAGAUCUCAGUUUUUUACCUCACCAAAGUUCAUAGUUAUAUCAAAACUUUAUUUGUAAUAAUAUCAUUAUUACUGGAUGUUAUUUGUUGAAGGAGAAAAUAUAUUAAAAGUCAUUUGUAUCGAUA